CUUCAAUAUAUUUAUGUUUCGAAAACGAAAAAACUGCACAAAGGCCUUGGAAUGCAUACAAAGGUUAAAGACAUGUUGGUAAGAUGUGAUAGCCCAGGUGGUGACAAGUUUCAGAACAGAUGUUGCGUUUUUUGAAUUGUCUAUUACUCUUAGUCUUAUUAGCUUCAGGCUCGUCAGGCGUCACUAAGGAGGUUGGGUGGUCUUAAUAUUAUCUAACCUCGAAAUUUGGGCCUCAAAGGGUGAAAAAAAAAGUAAGGGGAGUUUCAAGUCUGUCUGUCCAUUUUCAAUUCAAUUGCCAGCAAUGAGUCAUAAAUGUUAUCAACAGUGCAUUUUCCGAGUUUUUGAUUUAGACCAGAAAAAAGACGAUAUAUAUUAUAGCCAUGUACAAAGCUGAAACAUGGACGGGUCAUAUAUUGAACCACUAAUUUAAUGAAGCUCGGUACAGAAACAGCCUUAUGGUAGUGCACAAUGCUCUGGAACUGAGACACAAACAAAAUAUAAGGAAUAAGAAACUAAUUUAAACAAACUACUGAAGCGUUUGGUUACAUAAAAACUCAAAUACAGUAAUUGAAAAGUGUCAGAAAAAAAUGCAUAAAUGUGUUAAGGAUUUCAAAAGUUUGCAGUAAAAUAUAUGAUGAUGGUACAGUAAAGGUACAAAUAAGCAGGUUGGGUAAUGAUUUAAAAUGCAUGAGAAAGGUUUGCACACUGAAUCACUAAUCACAUAACACAUUGGCUUGUAACUUAGAGCUCUGAUUGCACAACAAUUAAACUUGAUAGAACUCAAUACAAACUGUGACAGGAAUAUCCCAGAGUUAAAGAUUGGGAUAAAAUUUUGAUAAAUUGUAAGGCUGAUGGGUGACCACCGACACAUUUUUGUUCAUGUGCAUAAUAACUAAUCAAAAGCAAGAAAAUGGUGACAUGCAAGUAUAAUAGCAACCAUCGAAUACCAGGAGAUACUAUAAACAAACAUGAAGAGAAAUGUCUCCUUAAGUCCCAGGGUUAUCAUGAUGAGGAACUGUUUUUGCUGGAGCCCUUGGACCCUAAUGCUGAUACCGUUGUCAAAUUUUCCGCUGACAACAUUAAUGACAUAAUAAGCUAUGCCAUGAACACAGAUCCGCUCUUCAAGAGAAGCAGUAACCCAGUGGGCCAGUGUGAGCCUGGGCCGUUGUCUCUGGCGCGACUGCAGACCACCUUCACCGCUGACGAACGGCGGGCGCUCCACGACGCCGCGGUGUCCGCCGCGCCGCUCGCACAACACACGCACGACCUCGACGUGACCGGGUCGUGCGGGUUGUCGGCGGAGGGCGGAGUCUCCGGGGAGACCCGCCUGCAGCAGCUGGCGGCGGCCCGGAACGCUCACCGCCGCCGCGUCAAACACCGACGAGCCGUGGCCUCCUACAAGGACGAGCUCCGGGCCCUCAUCGGCUCACAGAUGGAUUUGUUACUUGAACAACGGAAUGAGGAUAAAGUAGAAACAAGCACUGAGAAGGAAAGAAAUAGUCAGAGCGGGGAAGAUGGGGACGGCUACAGAAAGAACGAGAGAGAUGAUGGCGAUAAAGGCUCAAGAUUACAUAGAGAUGAUUACAGAGAGAAGAGAAAAUAUGAGAAUGACAAGAGAGUCAAUGAUGGACACGACGACCGACGACGUCAGUAUAGUAAGGACUGUAUAAAAAUAAAACAGGAAAGAGAUGUGGAACAUGAUGGAAGAAGAAGAAGUAGAGAGAAGAGAACACAUGAGAACGGUAGAGGUCAUAGAGAUAAAAAUGAAUCAAGGGAAAAAUACAACACGAGUUCUGGUCACAACGACAAAUGUGAUCGACGGAAUGAUAAACUUUACGUAAGACUAAAACAGGAAAACGAUGGAGGAAGGGGAAACAGUAGAGAUGGUCACAGGGAGAAGAGACGGCGCGAUGACGACAGAGAAUAUAGAGAUAAAAAUGAACCGAGGGAGAAAGAGAAGAGAAGCCAUGAUCACACUGACAAAUAUCAACGAUAUUAUGAGGGGGGAUACAGACACAUAAAGAGAGAAAAAGACAGCGAAUACGACUCGAGGAGAGAAGAAAGAAAUGAGUACAGAGAUCGAGGGAGACGCAGAGAUACAGACGAUAAGCGACGUCAUAGACAUGAGACGACAGGGAGAGGGAGGGAACGGAGCGGAGACAGGAGCAGCAGCCAGAUAUAUGAUAGAGGAGAAGAGAACGUUAGAGUCAAAGAAGAGUCAGCGUGGGACGGUUACGAAUGAUGGCUCUGUGUCUGCAUUUGAUCCUCACGGUGUAGCAAUAAAGAGUUGUUCGCGAUCGUUGGUAA